AUGGCCCCGACGACGUGUUUCAACUGCAAGGAGGCCCGGGCAGUCAUCAUUCGACCCAAGAAUCGCCACAAGCUAUGCCGCGCAUGCUUCCUCCAGAUCUUCGAGACAGAAGUCCACGAAACCAUCACGACCUCGAACCUUUUCUAUCCCGGCGAGCGCGUGGCGAUCGGUGCCAGUGGCGGCAAAGACAGCACUGUCCUCGCGGCCGUCUUGAAAACACUGAAUGAGCGCUAUGGAUACGGGUUGGAUUUGUGCCUGCUCUCAAUCGAUGAGGGUAUUCGCGGAUACCGCGAUGACAGUCUGGAGACGGUUAAGCGCAAUGCGGAGCAAUACGAUAUGCCACUCAUGAUUGUGGGAUACGGAGAGCUUUAUGGCUGGACGAUGGAUCAGGUUGUCGAGCAGAUUGGCAAGAAGGGCAACUGUACCUACUGCGGUGUGUUCCGGCGACAGGCGCUUGAUCGGGGCGCGGCACGCUUGGAUAUUAAGCACGUUGUUACUGGACAUAAUGCCGAUGAUGUUGCUGAGACGGUGAUGAUGAAUCUGCUGCGGGGUGAUUUACCUCGACUGUCUCGUGGUACCAGUAUCGUCACUGCGUCCGGCGCUUCAGAAAUCAAGCGCAGCAAGCCGCUCAAGUACGCCUACGAAAAGGAAAUUGUGCUCUAUGCGCACCAUCGCCAGCUUGACUACUUUAGCACGGAGUGUAUCUACUCGCCUGAGGCAUUCCGAGGCAGCGCCCGCACCCUGAUUAAAGAUCUGGAGAAGAUCCGCCCCAGCUCGAUUCUGGAUAUUGUCAAGAGUGGAGAGGAUAUGGCUGCCCUUGUGCCACAGGGGGGCAACGCAAAUGGCAAGACGUGCCGUUCCAAUGCGGCAGAAGAUGAGUCGGCCGGUGGCUGUGGCAGUCAAAAUGGUCGAACAAGUGGAGGUGAAAUGGCCGCGAUGGAGACCCAGCUGGCCGAGAACGAGGCUGCGGAAUCGAUGGAGACUGAGAUUCGACUCCCAGCACAGCAACCCAAGCCUGGAAAUUCGAGAACUCCCAAGCAGAUCAAGAAACAGACCAUGGGUCACUGUGAACGCUGCGGCUACAUUUCAAGUCAGCGUGUCUGCAAGGCAUGCACUCUUCUAGACGGUUUGAACCGUAAUCGGCCCAAGACUGCUAUCGAAGUUGGUGCUGGCAUGGACGAUGAAGAGAUAAGCUCGACUCUGAUGAGACAGAUGGAGCAUACUCAGUUGACUAACAGCUGA